AGGAUCAUUCCUGUCUCGGAUCGAAGGUGAGAGUUCAGCUUUUGGUUUUUGCUCUUUACCUCUGAGACUCAGAAAUGGCCAUUCGAUUGAGGAUUGCCCUUGUGGUAGGUCUGGUGCUCUUUAUGCUAAUGGAAGAUGUCAACUCUAUGCUGGCGAAGAGAUGUUAUGGAGACUGCAAAUAUAGGAGACUGGAAGCCAGAGUGAAGAAACUAGAAGACGCCUUAUGCGAAUUAGACCUCGACUGCAAACUGUGCUCAAUGAUUAAAAACCUCACGGCUUUAGUCGAACAGAUUACAGACAAGGUCCCUCCAAAAGGUAACUGCACAGCGAUUGGAGUAGCAGCAGAUAAGAACUACGUAUCUAACAGUCAGAUGACCGCCAGCUCCGUGUAUCUGCAGUACUACGCAUAUAAAGGCCGCCUCAAUGGACCAUUAGGAUGGUGUCAGAGAUAUCAGCAUAUCACAUACUCUGACUACCUCCAAAUCGACAUGAAAAGGUUGCGCCAUGUGUGUGCUGUGUCGACCCAAGGAAAAAAGAAUGGAUCAUGGGUGACAAGCUACAAGCUGAAGUUCUCUACUAAUGGUGUCACCUUCACUACAUACCAGGAAAAUAACACGGACAAGAUUUUUGCCGCCAAUUCAGAUUUGAACACCAUUGUGCAUCACUCCCUGAAGCAUGACGUGCAAGCAAGAUACGUUCGAUUCUACCCUGUGACGCGUUAUAACUUCCCCUGCAUGAGGGUUGAAGUCUUCGCGCGUUGAAAACCGUUUCAAAAACAUCAUGGUGUGGUCAUUAAACUGAGCCGACAGAAUAAUGCUUGACUGAUUGAUUGAUUGAUUGAUUGAUUAAUUGAUCAUUAAACGAGGUUCUAUAAGCAGGUUUAGGAAAAUUCAGUCAUAGACAGAUGCAAUAAUGUAGUGUUGUAAUGAGAAAGAAAUAAAUAAGAUUAUCAUUCA